GGGAUGUUGGGUCCCAACUGGGGUGUGGUUUUUGUGAGAGUUUGAAGUGUGAUGUUCAAUCGUAUGGAUGGCAACAGGGUGGAGAUGAAUACUUUUAUGAGAGAUUAUGGUGUAGUUGUAAACUGAGGCAAGUUGAGAAUAAUCAGGCAGAGACGAGUGCACAAUGGUUUAAGGUUACUUCAAGUCAGGAUUUAUGCAAUUUAAAUAUUGUUACAAGUUUGAUAAAAAUGGGAAAGAUUGACGCUACUCACAGCAGCUUAGGUAAAAGAAUGACCGCGAGGUCGACUUGUCGACCAAUAUUUAUAACCUUAUUUGAGAGUGAAUGACCAGUCAAAUGCAAAAAUAGAAACCUUGAGUUUGGGUUGAAAACUGGAAGAAUACAGAAUACUGAGAAAUUUGACGGCUAAAAACAAUGUUAGAAACUGGUCAGAUUCACAAAGGUAGGAGGCUUGCAUGAAGUACAGAUAAUUACAUUAGUUAAACGAAUGCAUGUGCGUCAUAGUUAAGAUAUGUAAAAACUCGGAAGGAGACAAAUUUAGAUAAGGAAAUAAACUGAACAGAAAAAUCAUGAGCAUUAUACAAUUCUCAACAAGAGGGUAGAAGAUAUUGGGGACAUGUCGACGUCCGAUUCGGAGGAGAUUGUGGAGAGGACACCCGUGCUUCGGUUUCAGGACGACACCCCAACGGACUCCGAUUCAGGCGGAAGUCAUGUAGUGGAAAAUGGAAAUGUAGCCAAGGAUGAUGAGCCAACUCCGUCGCCACCCGGCGUAGGACCACCCACCCCAUCUUCCCCAACUGAAAACGUAUCUUUCAACCAAAAUGCCACUGUCCCACCAUCACAUGAGACUCCACAUUCCCAAAUUAGCCAACAAUCUCCCAACCCAAGGCAAGAACGACCCCACACUUCUCCCCACUUCGAAUUCGAACCAUACCAACCCCCCACAUCCCGCCCUCACACGGCAUAUCGAAUUCGCCACGAUGACUUGGAACGGAACGUGCUCGCACCCUAUGUCAAAUCCCCAUUUCCCCCACGCGUCAUUCUUGACCCACCCUACAAAACAAAGUUGAGACAAUUUUUCAACAAUAUUCGAUCAAUCGGUGGCGCCCCUGUUGUCCCGACGGAUAACCCUGCUGAUCAACCACCCCCUCCUGAAAAUGAGGCAGAGAUUGAUGAAGAACAGCAACCAAAUGAGCCCCAUAUGGGUCAAGAUGAGAUUGAGAAGAAUGAGAAUUUUGAGACGAAUGAGAACACUUCUCCUCCUGAUGAGAUUUUCCCACCCGAGUCGCGCAUCAUGCAACCAUUUUCCGCUCUGAAGUCGCUCAUCUCAAACACCAAUUAUCUCGCCUGGACAACUAUCCACAAAUCAGAGAUUGACCUUGGUGAUCUGGGUGACAAUGAGAUCGACCAGGUAAAUGAAGAAGGGAUGGAGAUGCAGCCGAUUGAUGCUCAACGGCAUAACCGUGAUGGCCAACUCGAAAUGCAAAAUCUUGACGAGCAGGCAGAGCAAGAAGAAUUGGAAAAUGAGAUCGUCAACGGUCAACAAGCAGGCGGCCCUGAGGGGAUGGGAAUUAUCGGAGCAGCGAAUCAAUUGAUGGCAGUGAACGCAUCCCGAAAUCGCUUCAAAGAGAUGGCUGAAAUGAAGAGGAAUCUUUUCCUUGGAGCUCAUCAGUCCCUUCAGGCCAUCGUCAAUGUGGGAGCGUGUCAGUUACUCUGUCCCUUUGGAAUCUGGGAAAACGACGGCGUUUUUGAAUUAAAAAGUAACAUUAUUCACGCGGGACUUGUUAAUUGCAUGAUUAUGGGAGCCACAUCACUCAAGGCAUACGACACCAGCAUUUCCUGGACCAGGUCCCAGUUGAAGGGAAAGCCAGAGACCACUGGGAUCUUAAUGAUUGAUGCAUCAUCCACUCUUAUGCUUUUCUGCUAUCUGUUUUGCGUGACCUUCAAGCGAAACAAAUUUGGAGAGAUAUACAAAAGCUUCAAAAUCCAGUCAGAGCAGGUGGCGGAAGUGACCAGAAAAAAGAAGUUAAGGCUUUUGACUGUGACGUCCGUGUUGGCCCUGGGUUAUUUUUUACUCACUAACUGGACAGAAUGGCUCUCAUCCACUGUGUACGACCAAGAAACGAGAUUUAGCUUUAGAGGAAUCAUUAUCAACCUUGACACGCUCGUGCGUUUACUCUGUGAAGAUUCAAAUUUUUGCAUUGCUAUGUUUAGCGUUGGAAUAAUGGCGAUGAAUGUUGUGACCCUGCUAUUGCUGUUCCACAUUGAUUUAAUGUUAUGGGGAAUUUCACUCUCGUCUUACCUGAUGGAGAGGACCCUCCGUGAAAUCUACAACAAUCCAGACCUAGAUAUCAAUAAGAAAAUUGAGGCCUUCAGGAGUGUCAAAUCUCACAUUCACGCCGUCAAUUCUGCUAUCGGGCCAUUGAUAAUGGCCAGUGUUGUACAGAUGAUCCCCUACGGGGUGCUAAUAAUUCAUUUAGUUAGCAAAGCAAAAACAUUGGAUCAGUUACCAUGGCUCCACAUGUUCAUCAUGGUAAUAAAGCUGGGCCACAUUAUUGUGGCCUCUGAGGCAGCAGCAAACGCGGAGAACUUAUCCUCCAGAAUUAUGUCGGAUAGAGCCACCUUUGCGCAGGGGAAUGCUGAUUUGGCAUAUGAAUUGAUUACUGUGUCUACAAAAUCAAUCUAUCUGAAAGGGCUGGACUUUUUUGAUGUGAAUUAUCGCACCGUUCUGUCGAUAUUGGGGGCUUUCAUCACUUAUUAUUUGGUAGUUGUCGACAUGAAGGAGGAUGACCCGAAUCAUAAAAAACUGAUCAAGACGAUUGUUGAGCAAUUGGCCAACAGGACAUUAAUUCAGUAAAUCUAAUCAUACUACACAAUAAUGAUUUAAAGUAAAUAUAUAUAUAUAGAAUGGAUUGUUAUUGUUAGUAUUAGUGUGUACAUAUUUCAUAAUGAAUAUCACAAAUUAGAAAGAUUGGAUAUACGAUAGAUGUAAUUGUAUGUUUUAAUCAGAGUACACUUUCUCCUAGUAGUCGGUCCAUAUACGUAGAUUCGUGGAAAACUAAUUGGAUGAGGAAUGUACAUACGUAGAUAGUUACAUUUCCCGCAAGUUAUAAGUUGGAUUCACUUUUUACUUUCGAAAAAUGCAUUAACGUCUUUAAAAGCAUAAUAUAAUGCAAAUAAUAUAUUAUGUACGCUUUUCAAGACGAGUUGCAUAAUAUGCAACUCGUCGUGGGAUUCGAGCAAGUCUCGAAUGCUAUACUAGUUCAGCAAUGGCUAUUGUGUUUAUUUCAUAUGUAUCAUGUAAGUUAGAUUUAGUCCGAGGCUAUUUUUAAAAAUAGAUGUACAUAAGAAUGAAUGAGGUACUUAUGUACAUAGAUACGAAGAAAUUAGUGUAGAAACUACACAUAGAAAAUACGAAAGAUUAAAUAUUCACCAGUCUUGCUCGUAUAUACGUAUUCCAAAUAUAUUUUCUCCGGACAACACAAUUUUUAGGAUAAUAAAGUAGCAGCACAGUUUUUAAUUUAUUAAGAUCACUAUUUGUUAAUAUACCAAGAUGUACAUACAAUUUUAUCUAGCUGUUCUGAUAGUUCAUAAUUAAUUGCACAACCAACAUAAUCAUAAUGUUGCCAAAAAUAAAUGCAAAGUAUAGCAUCAGGUAGAAAGGUCAGUAAUACGUACACUCUGCACUUGAUAAUCAAGAAAAGUUGGCAUUAGAAAAAUUACAAAAAUUGUCAUAAAAUUCCACAAAUAAAUAAAUAAAACCCCACACAAAUUGAUGUGUAGGAGAACUUGACCACUCAU